CAUGCAUUCAAAACAACAAAGUGUUGCCCAAUUAUUCUAUAGAAGCUUGUACAACAAUACCCACGGCCUCUUAAAACAAAGAAUGAGGGAGCUAGUGCCAGUCAAACAAGCUCUACUCCGUGAUGUGAGGAAGCGAUAUGGAUCUAAAGAAGUCUGUAAGGUGACAGUUGAUCAGGCCAUCGGAGGAAUGAGGAACGUGUUUGCUCUCUUUUAUGAUGCAUCCUUAUUAGAUGCUAAGACAGUAAAGAUUUUCAUAUAAAGUUCUCUCAGGGUAUCACAAUGAGAGACUACAAUAUCCCAGAAUUACAAGAGUACCUCUAAAAGGGUGAGAAUGGGCAUGAACCUUUACCAGAAGCUUUGUUCUGGUUGUUGUGCACAGGUGAUUUCCCUUGUAAGAAGAUUGAUUCAUAUUUUUAGCUGAGCAAGAAUUUGCUGAUGUGCAAUAGGAAUGGAAGUAGAGAGGAUAAUUGGAUUCUCAAACACAACACUUUAUCUUGAGUUUACCAAAAACAGCCCAUCCCAUGACUAUGUUGUCUCAAACUUUAUUGUAUCUAUAAAAAGAUUCCCUUUUCUAACAAGUUUAUGAUUAAGGAAAAGUCUCAAAACCUUAAUAUUGGGAGUAUUUCUACGAAGACGCAAUGAACUUGUUAGCCAAGAUCCCAAGAGUGGCUGCUCUCAUUUACAGACAUAAAUAUAAGGUAUAUGGAUUAUAAUAAUGUAGAAUGGAGAAAUCAUCUCAGCUGAUGAGAGCUUGGAUUGGGCUGGUAAUUAUGCUCACAUGCUGGGAUACAAAAAAUUCGAAGUUCGAGAAUGUUUGAGAGGAUAUUUAAGCAUCCAUGCUGAUCAUGAAGGAGGUAAUGUGAGUGCCCAUACAACACAUUUGGUUGGUUCAGCUUUGGCAGACCCAUAUUUGUCAUAUUCUGCUGGUGUCAAUGGUUUGGCAGGUCCAUUACAUGGUCUUGCUAAUUAGGAAGUGCUUAAAUGGCUAUUAGAAAUGAGAGUAUUUCAAUAGAUUAAUUAUUUAAUAGGAUGAAUUGGGUGAGAACAUCUCAAACGAGAAGAUCCAAGAUUAUGUACUAACUACAAUCAGAGAGGGCAAAGUAAUUCCAGGCUAUGGACAUGCUGUUUUAAGAUAUACUGAUCCCCGCUUCAUCCAUCAAAAAGAUUUUGCAGCCAGACACAUCAAAGACGAUCCCUUAGUUGAUUUGGUUAGACAAUGUUAUCAUGUGAUCCCACCUGUUUUGAAGACUAUUGGAAAGAUCUAGAAUCCAUGGCCGUAUUUAUUAAUCAUUAUAGUAGAAAUGUUGAUGCACACUCAGGAGUCUUGCUCUAUCAUUAUGGAAUGAGAGAGUUCCAAUACUACACAGUUGUCUUUGCUGUCUCAAGAGCAUUAGGAUGCAUGGCUAAUCUCAUUUGGUCAAGAGCAUUUGGAUUACCAAUUGAAAGACCAGGAUCAAUUACAAUGAGAUGGAUUGAGGAGAAAUUUGGUGAGAACUAAAAUUUAAAAUGA